UGUCGCGCAUACCAAAGCAAUUUACUCCAUAUUUAAAUUUACUCCACUUGGAUUUCUCUCUCCUUCAUUUGUCAUCAACUACACAAACAAGUAGACAAACCUCACGAUUAAAUCACUGAUUCAAGAAAAUCGAUUUCUCUCUCCUCUUGCUCCCACAACAAUAAUCCUCCUACUUCUUGAUCAUCUUUAUCAAUAAAUCUGUUCCAAAAAAUGCAAUUUGUCUUUGCUUAGUCCUGCAAACUUUCCAUGAGUAUUUUGAUAUUUUACAUGCUGGGAGUGAGGAAAAAUUUCUGAAUUUCGAUUAUUUUAGUUUCAGUGAAUCUGCUUCUCUCGUUUGGUCUUGGUGUUUAUCAAUGGGAAAGUGAAAGGAAGAUGGAAGAAGAAGAGAUUUGAAACAGUUUGCUCAUUUUGUAUAAAUGAGCAUAGCAGUUUGCUCAUUUUGUAUAAAUGAGCAUAACAGUUUGCUCAUUUUGUUCAAAUGAGCAAAAAUAAAUUCAAAUGAGCAAAUUUUACGAAUGCACGUUAAUUGUCAAAAAAAUAUAUGUUAAAUUGAAUUGUGAUUGUUGAUUCAAUUCUAAUAUCUCAGAUUUAAUUAGCCAUAUAUUUUCAUGAAUAUUGCACUUGAUUAUCUUUUUUUUGUUCAUGGUGGUGAAUUGGAGGCUGAUUGGGCAAAGGAGAAAAUAGGGGAGGAGGGAGAAAAUUGAAGAGGGUAAAGAUUUUGGCUUCCACGGUUGAAUAAAUGCUUGAGGAGGAGGGAUAAAAUGGAGCUUAAUCAUGGAAGUUGGAUGAUUGGGCCGAAUUACAAUAUUGGUGGUGGUCAGUGGUGGUUAGCAGGUUGGGCGAAGGAGAGAAGAGAGAAAAACAAAAUGCAAGCUUUUAAGGUCAUGGCAGACCAGCAGAAUAGUAAUGGUUGGGCUUGCAACUUAUUUUAUCAAGCAGCGUGGCAAGGAAUUAACUUUAUCCGUUAGAUUUAGUUCAGAUUGAGUGGUUCACAUUUCUUCUCAUUCUUCUCAUUAUAAAGUGUUUUCUCAUUUGAGUGCAAAUCUAUAUACUAUUCAUUUGAAAAAAAAAAGUUACGGUCGAUAUCAUUUGUUGUUGUCAGUUUUCAAAAUCUACAUUCAUCAUUAAUAUCGAAUAUAAGUUUUUUUUGUUAGGUAAGAACAAGGUACCCUACUGAACCAAUAUCUAUCCCAAUUUAAUCAGCUCAUCUAUGUAGGUAUUCGUUUGAGUCAUUCCUAAACAUGUCUUAGCUAAUGGAGCUCGGUCUUGUGAUCUCCAAAUCACAAGGUUAAUUCUCUAACAACUCCACUGACUUUUGUUGAUUAUAUUACAGAGUACAAGUAUGAUUAACUUUUACGAAGUACUCCGUAUUAUGUAAUUUAAUAUAAUUCAUAUACAUAGUAAUUUCUAAAAUCGUAAGUGUAAACUAAAAACUGACAAUAAUACAGCUUACCGUACGAUUAAAAAAAAGAUGAGAGAGAGAAAAAAAAAAGAAACAUGAGAGGCCCAAGUUUUCUAGAGAGAGAGUGAAAACCCUAAGUUGGUCUAGCCCCCUUCACAAGCUCAAUUCGUUCGCAGAUCUAAGUUUUGCCUUGCAAAACUCUUCGUCUUCCUCCUUGUCCUCUUACCAGAAAGAGAUUCCCCAUAAAAUCUCUAGACUAAGCCUUAACAGGGGUAAUUAUGGCUUCCUUGGCUGUGGAUUGGUGCCUCGUUUGUAUCGAGGUGAACAUCCUCUUUUCCGUCCUUCAGAUUGCCUUCAUCAACAAGGCAAGUUUGAUCCAAAGGUGGAGAUCGGUGCUGAGUCACUGGAUCUUGGGUUUUGCAACAAUAAUGAUGGUUUAGUUGGGUUAAUUAAAGGUUUUACUCCACUAAUACAUUUUUACCGUCCUGUUUGGGCCAAUGAAGGAGCUUAUCCGUUUGCAGAAGUUGUAAGAUUUCCUCUAUUUCCAAAAAAUGUCCCAGGGAAGUUCCUCUCUAUGCUCUACUUUGCUUUUUCAUUUCAAUUCUGUCAUUUAUUACUUGGUUUCGCGUUUUUUCAAUGCUUGCAUUUUGUUGGGUUGUGUUUCGUUUUAAGCUGGGUGAUGAUUACUCCGUUGCAAUUUAUUUCUGGCUUUCUAGAUCCUUCUGUAGUUUAUUAUAAUCUUAUGUGUUUUUUCCUUGCAACCAUUAGAAUUCCUAAGUCUUUAAUUCAAGGCUAUAAAUUCUGGUCGUUUUUCUUCAGUAAAAGCACUUUCUCCCCUUACUUCAGUCUUCAUCAAACUUGCUCUGUCUUCCUUUCUAGUCCUGUGUUUGCGAGGUUUAAGCUCCCAAAUUUAGUGAAAAUUCCCAGUUUUCUUUUCAGACUUUGGGUUUUAAUGUCUAACAACCCUGUAGUGUCUAGCUAUGCCUCACUUCUUAAGAAGAACCCUUCUCCAAUUUCCAAUGAACCUCAACCUGCCAGCUUACCUAGUGAUCCAUGUUCUUCCAGCUUCUUCAGCCACCCCACCCAUAACUCCUUUCUCCUGGGAGGUAGCAGUCCUAAUCUUGAUCCCAAUUCCCCACCUAAGGACAGCUCACACAAUACUGCACCACAGGUUCCUGGUUCGAAUAAUGCCACCAUCACCUUAGAUGCCCCUAAACUUGACAAUGAGCAAAUCAAGCUUAUGGAAGCAACCUGUCUUUUUGGGAAAGUAUGGGGGGAAUUUGUGCCACAAGCUGCUGUCAUAGCUAGGAUGAAGAAAGACUGGUCUUUUAUGAGGGGUGAGGCUUCUUUUAGGUUCAUUGGGAAUGGUUGGUUUCUCAUUAAGUUCUCUAACCCCCUUGACAAGGAUGAGGUGUGGGAGGGUAGACCUUGGUUUGUGCAGGGUUUAAACUUUGUUCUUUUGCCUUGGAGAGCCUCCUUUAAAGCUCAGUUUAGUUCCAUUACCCAUGUAGACCAAUGGGUGAAAAUCCCUUUUCUCCCCACUGAAUACUGGACUUGGCACUACCUUAACCAGAUUUCCAGUUGUGUUGGUCAGCCCAUCAAACUAGAUAAGUUUACCUCUGAGAACACAGAAAAGGGUCAGUUUGCUAGAGUGUGUCUCAGCCUCAAUAUAACCAAGCCUGUUCCUAGGUCUAUCACUCUAAACUUUGGCUAUGACAUCCAGGAGUACUUCUUGUCUUAUGAAGGUGUCUGGGAGGUUUUCCCUCUUUGUGGUGAUCCAAACCAUUUUCUGAAUGCUUGUCCUAAGAGGCCUCCUCCUUGCCUUAAGCUGGUUGUGGCUCAACUGGAUGAGGCUAAACUGUCUAUGGGGGUGCCUGGGGAUAGUGGAGGGCAAGCCACUCCUUCUGACUGGUUGGCUGUGGUGCCAAGGAGAAGAGCCAAGCCCAGAAGCAAUAUAAGAAAGACCCAUGCCAAGCCUUAUCAUCAUCCCCCUCCUGUACAGACUAGACCAUUACCCUCCCCUUCUCAAGGAUUGGGUGCUGGUUUGCCUGUCAUUCCUCUAGCCAACAGCUUUCAGGGGCUGCAGGAUUUUCAAGUGUCUACUGGUGACACCAUUACUCUCAAUCCACCUGCUGUCCAACCCUAUGAGGAUAUUCUUCCUGAUUUUGACCCACUAGAGCUUGCUCCUCAUGGUGUCAAGGAUGUUCAGGGGGAUGAUGAGCUUGAUAUGGACCUGGAGAUUUAUGAUGGUGAUGGUUUUGACGAAAAUGACCCAGUUUUUUCUGACUGCACACCUCCCAUGGAAGCUGAGAACUCUAAGAGAAGGAACAGAGGUGAUGGUGAUCUCUCUCCUUCUCCUUCUGCUGGAUGACAUGGGUGU